GAGAAAUAGAAAUAUUUUUAUUAUUUUUACAUGGUAUCAGAGCCAAAACCCGAACUCUAACUCUUCCUCUUGGUUCGGCUGUCGGCUGUCUCCCUCCCCCGUUCUACCAACGCCGUUUAUCUUCUUUGGUAGUUCGUUCCUCUCUUGACAUGGCUUCCGACAACUCCUCUACUACUACUUCUACCUCCACAACUUCAAAUUCUCCUCAUCUUGCCCUUACAACCAUUUCAAACGUCAAGCUUCAUAUCUCCAUUCAACUUAGCAUCUCGGCCCCCAAUUACAAAAAAUGGAGCCGUCUUUUUCUUCUUCUCGUGCGGCGUUUCAACCUCCAAGGUUUUCUUACCAGCGACACAAAACCCUCCGGUGACAAUGACACGGAAUGGGUCCAAUUUGAUGCCCUUCUUCAAGGGUGGAUCCUUUCGACGGUCACCGAUGAAGUGUCCGAUCUCAUUAUUGCCUCUCAUGACACCACCGUCGGCUUAUGGAAAGCAAUUCACGAUCUCUUUCACGACAACAAGAACGCAAGAGCGAUGCAACUUGAGCACCAAUUUUGCACUACCGUCAAAGGCACAAAAUCUAUGGUUGAUUAUUGUCAAACGCUCAAGAAUCUGGCCGAUUGUUUAGACGACAUUGAUGCACCCGUGACCGACAAUCAACUCGUCCUCCAACUACUCCGCGGUCUUCCCGAAGACUCCAAAAUCGGGCGUCUUUUCUGCAAUUUCAGAAGCCUCCCCCGUCGUUUUUGGAGGCCCGAUCAGCCUUGCUUCUCUUGGACCAGCAGCGCAGCUCCUCGACCGCCGGAGACCCUGGCACGGCUCUACUGGCCGCUGGGAGGACGAACAUGUCGCAGCCUCUUAAUGGUUCUAAAGUGCACACCACUGCGAUCGGACCUUCGGACGGGAACCGUGAUACAUCGGUCCAGUAAUGACGGCCCACUAUACACCUUCAACCCACCGGAUGCCCAACCUAACGCUGCCACUGUUGAUCUUGAUACAUGGCAUCGCCGACUUGGUCACCCUAGCUCUGCUGUUCUCCAUGGGAGCCUACAGCCUGAGCGGGAGGAUUCUACAACCCCGGUUGUUGCUCUUGGGGAAUCGGUUGUUCCACUGGCAUCACAUGAGGUUGAUGUGGGGGUUGUUGUUGUGCUACUGUACCACUCUGUGGAGAAUGGAUUUAGGUUGCCCCUCCACGGCCUGCUCCGCGACCUCUGCCUCCAUUUUGGAUUUGCUCCGGGUCAAUUGACUGCCAACACGCACAAGUAUGUCGCGUCCUUCAUCUUACGAUGCUGUGCCCUGGACAAAACCCCGAAAUUGGACGAAUUUCUUCUCCUCUUCAGUAUCGGUGGUUUCCCCUUUUACAGUUUAUACCCCCACAAUCAUUUUCCCAUUUUCGAGAAGGUCGAGCUCAAAAUCGACAAAUGGGCGCUUAAAUACUUCGUCAUUGAAUUCCCGGCUCACAGCCCCAUCGAUCUGCCGGGUGUUGUCCUCCGCCGUUCCAUCCCCCGGACGAAAUUCGUCGCGGCAAACUUGGCGGAGGGCGCGUAUAAUGCUUUGAGGGAGAAGGAGGGUCUAAUUUCCCACCACUCUCUCCAAGAGGCUAAACUGUACAAAAAGGCAGAUGCUGCUCUGAAUGUUGUUCCUAUCUCUGCCAUUCCCGGGCUUAGGAGGCCCACUCUGUCCCAGAAACGGCCACGGGAGGGUCUCUCCGACGAUGAUUUCCUUCCCAAAAAGAACAAGGGUGAAGGUACCUCUGUUUCACCCAGCCCCCUGUCCAACUCUUCUGGUACUCAGAAUACCACUCCUGCUGCUACAUCCGGGGUCUUGGAGUUAUCCCACCCGGAUAGACUUGAUUGUGAGGAAGAAGAGCCUAGGGACCAGUCAGCGCUCAGAAAACCCACAACGCAGCCCCAGACUGAAGUGUCCGGUUCCUCGCCACGCGCCACAACCAGUCCCCAAGCCAUGGAGGAAGAAGGGAUGUGGCAGAAGGAACCGGAGCCCUCCCCUACAGCAGGGAGGGAAGUUGAAGUGCAGUUAGAAACGGAAGUCUCCCACCCGGAGGAAAAUGAGGCUGGAGAGCAGAAAGAUGCUGAAGCUUCUCCAGAAGCCCAGCAAUCGCUCCUUACUUUGACUGAGGAGUACCUGGGUGGAGCAUCAGGGAACUUCCGGGCUGUAAUGCUUCUGAGGGAAAGGGAACUAGCUGCCAGGGCCUUGCAACAGAAGGUUGACUCCCUGGAGCAACAAGUUCAGAUCCUGCAAGGGGAGAAUGCUCGGCUCCAAGCAGACGGCUCCACGGAGCUUGCAGCUGAGAGAUCCAAGGUCCAGUCCCUGCAAGAUCAGAUUGCUAUUUACCACAAGGAGACCCAAGAUCUGGAAGUGCAGUUUGGUAGAUUCCGGGCACAAAUCUCCCUCCUGGAAUCAAGGGUCUCGGCUUCAAAAGACCAGGUAGGAAGUUUGAAAGCUGAGCUGGUUGAGAGGGAAUCCCGGAUCUCUGAGCUAGAGAAUUCCCUCCAAGAGGCCAAGUAUGAGGGUUCACGCCUUAACGAGCUUGCUCUGAAGCACAUGGAGGCGAGACGGCUUAACCUCGAGAAGUUGAAGGGAGAGAGGCAGGCCGCAAGUGAGCUCCGGGCAAAGGUGGAUGAACAAGAGAAGACGAUCGCUGCUCAUCAAGAGGAGGUGGCCACCAUGAUUGCCCGUGCCAAAGCCCUCUACGAAGAGGGACAAUUUGACAUGCAGCAAUGCAUCUACGGGGCAGUCCAGAGUGGUCUCCCAGAGAACCGCACUUUGGAUGACUUCAUCUCCUACUAUGGGUUACCUCUCCCUCUUUCUCGCCCAGCUUCUCGUGCAGACCCCGGACCUUGACUUCAUCUUCCUCCAUCGACUGUUAUGUUUUGCCUUGUAAUUAUUUGGAUUAUGGUAAAUUGAUAACAUCCGAUGUAUUUUUGUCCAUGUAGACUCCUUUAGUAAUCUGACUUUUCUCCUUUUGGUAUUCUUGUUUUGCCCUAGGACUUAGCAGAUUUUUUUUACCCGCCUAGGCUUUGGGCUU